GCAACAUAUGAAUGUGCUGAUGAAUCAGCUGUUUCAAUAUAGUCUUCCUAUCAGUUACUUAACACUGUAGAUAAUUUGAAGUAUCGCCGAGGAACGUUACGUCACGCUCUCAAAAUCGUUAAUGAAAGACAAUGGAAACGACUGACAAAAGACAGGUGCCAACGCCGUUGAGGAAGGCACUGGCAGUGGAUGCCUAUUUGUCUGACGAGUUCGUCAAACUGGUGGAAAAGCUCGUACCCUUGAGACAGUUGAAAGUGCAUUAUAAAUUACUGGAGGUAUCAUGCCACGGCAUACCUUGGAUUGGGAUGUCUCUUGUAUUAAUCUGGGUUUUCAACAGCAAAGCCUUGUAUCAAAUGCAGAUCAAUCUUCUGAUAGGACUGCUGCUCGACGUAACUUUCAUCGCUGUGCUCAAGGCAGUUACAAGAAGGAGGCGACCGGCCGGUGAUUCGGUUGAUUCGUUCCACAUAGGCCCCGAUAAAUAUUCCUUUCCGUCCGGGCACGCGUCUCGCGCUGCGUUUGUCGUGUAUUUCUUCUUCCACCUGUGGCCGGUGCCUUCGAUAUGCAUACCGCCGUUGCUGGCGUGGUCCUUUUCCGUGUGUAUGUCCAGAGUAUUGAUGCGAAGACACCACCUGUUGGAUGUGCUUGCUGGUGUGCUCCUUGGUAUCUUCGAAGGUCUACUUAUAGGCUACAUAUAUUUGGAGCACGAGACAUGCGUCAGUUUAAUCUCCUGGAUUACGGACGAGAAAAUGGAUGCCUGAGUAAUAUUCGUAUGAUUUAAAGUGUGAGAAAUGUAUAAAAUAUAUUGAACUGUCUGCGCAUAUGAUUUUAUAACGAACGCUGUAUUUUUCAGUAUUCAGCACCAAUUAGGGCAAUGUAAGUUAGAAAAGUCUGAAAGUUUGGAGCGUCUGUGACUGUACAAUGGCAAUCUUUAUAAAAUUAACUUUGUCGGGCGGUUUGUAAAUCAGAAAAGUCUGAAAGUUUGAAGCGCUUAUAAAUGUACAAUUGCAAUCUCUGUAAAUUACAGGAUCAAUUUUGUCAUA